AUGUCUACCGAAAUGGAAUACACUCGCCUCGGUAACUCGGGCUUGAAGAUCUCCAAGAUCAUCUUGGGUGCCAUGUCCUAUGGUAGCAAGCAGUGGCAGGAAUGGGUCUUGGAUGAGGAGGAAUCUCUCCCCCUCAUCGAACAUGCCUACAAGCAGGGUAUCAACACCUGGGACACGGCGGAUGUCUAUUCUCAUGGCCGAUCUGAGGAAAUUGUCGGCAAGGCCCUGAAGAAGUACAACAUCCCGCGUAACCGCGUGGUGAUCUUGACCAAGUGCUUCUUCGGCGUGGAUGACGAGGGAAAGUUCCCUCCCAUCUCCGCUUCAGCCAAGAAUGACAAUGAGUUCGUCAACCGCGUUGGCCUGUCGCGCAAGCACAUCUUCGAUGCAGUUGACGCCAGUGUCGAGCGCCUGGGCACCUACAUCGACGUAUUGCAGAUCCACCGCCUGGACCGUGAGACUCCCCGCGAGGAAAUCAUGAAGGCUUUGAACGAUGUUAUCGACAGCGGCAAGGUGCGCUACAUUGGCGCAAGCUCGAUGGCUGCUUGGGAGUUCCAAUCCCUGCAGAACAUCGCCGCCCGCAACGGCUGGCACCAGUUCAUCUCGAUGCAGAACUACCACAACCUUCUUGCGCGCGAGGAAGAGCAUGAGAUGAUCCCCUACUGUCUGGACACUGGCGUCGGGAUCAUCCCGUGGUCGCCCAUGGCCCGUGGUGUGCUGGCGCGGCCGUGGAACUCCCGCUCGACCACUCGCGAGGGCUCCGACGGAGCGCUCAAGGUACUCGUGCGUGGCCGCGAGACCGAGUCCGAUAAGGCGAUUGUUGGUCGCGUCGAGGAGCUCGCGGGUAAGAAGGGAGUCAGCAUGGCACAGAUUGCCAUUGCCUGGUCUUUGAGUCACCCUAACGAGUGUCCCAUUUUGGGACUCAACAGCACGAAGCGCAUUGAUGAAGCUGUAGCGAGUCUAAAGGUUAAACUUAGCCCCGAGGAGAUCCAGUAUUUGGAGGAGCCCUACGUGCCCAAGGCUGUUUCGGCGAUGGAACGGUAA